AUGACCACUCUUCGGGUACUGCUGCACGUUGCUGCUCACCGUGACUACGAGCUGCACUCUCUCGACUACAGCACUGCUUUCUUGCAGGGCAGCCUGCACGAGGAGAUCUGGCUGCGUCGCCCACCUGGCUUCACUGGGUCUUUCCCUCCUGGUACCCAGUGGAGUCUCCGGCGUCGAACCCGUCGCUGUUUUCUGCGCACCGACACCUCUCUGCCGCCGUUCUACAUCCUCGUGUACGUCAACGACUUGGUCUUUGCCACAGCUGACACUGCUGGACUCGCCUACGUGAAGUCCGAGCUGCAGAAGAGACACACGUGCACUGACCUGGGUGAACUGCGCAGCUACCUUGGCUUGCAGAUCACCCGGGACAGAGCACACCGCACCAUUACCCUGACUCAGUCACACAUGGUGCAGCAGGUCCUUCAGCGCUUCGGCUUCACGUACUCCUCGCCUCAGGCCACUCCUCUGCCUACUCGCCACUCGCUCUCAGCUCUGCCUUCGGAUGAGUCCGUAGAGUCGAGUGGCCCGUAUGCAGAGCUUGUUGGCUGCCUCAUGUACCUGAUGACCUGCACACGACCUGACCUUGCAUACCCUCUGAGCAUUCUUGCACGCUAUGUUGCUCCUGGGAGACACCGACCAGAGCACAUGGCUGCAGCGAAGAGGGUGUUGCGCUACUUGUGCAGUACGUCGGGCAUGGGGCUAGUGCUUGGAGGGCGCAGUCCAGUGGUCCUCACUGGGCACGCAGACGCUUCUUGGGCUGACGACCAGGCUACGCAGCGGUCGUCACAGGGUUACACCUUCAGUCUUGGUUCCGGCUCUGUUUCGUGGCGGGCUACCCGCUCGUCUUCUGUUCUCGGCUCCAGUUGUGAGGAUGAGAUCUACGCCAGGGCCAUGGCUGCACAGGAGUUACGCUGGCUCACCUACCUGCUGACCGACCUUGGAGAGCCGCCUCGUUCUCCUCCAGUCCUGUACGUAGACAACAAGGCCAUGCUGGCCUUGUGUCGAGAGCAGCGACUGGAGCACAGGACAAAGCACAUUGCUCUCCGCUACUUUCUUGCUCGUGAGCUACAGCAGCGUGGACAGCUGCGACUUGCGUACGUGGCCUCUGAGGCCAACACUGUUGAUGUCUUCACCAAGGCACUUGCGCCCUUGUGA